GUGAAAAGUGUGAAGGAUAAAGAACAAAAUCGGAAUGAACUGACUAAGCACAGUUGAGUGUAUUAAGGAAUAUUCAAAGUAUUUAAUCUCAUUCGCAAGUGAUAAACGGAACUAAACGGACAUAAACGGACUCGGAUAUUGUUUAAAAUGUUAUCGACGAAUCAAUCGCUGACCGCGCGGGAUACCGCCACCGACGGUAAAACUUUAAAUCGUCCAUCAUCGCCGCGUCAAUUUUUUGAACGACUUUAUGGUCAUCUCGAAUGUAGUGAAAAAAACGGUUUAACCGAGAGUGCGUCUCAUAAUCAAGAUAAUGUAUCCGAGCAAGAAAGAACUGAUAAGGUUUUUGAUGAAAAUAGAAAUUCAAGUAUCUGUGAUACAACAUAUCAAAGCGAUGGCGGUAGUAUAUCAUCGCCUGAUAUAUCUAUCAGUGAUGAGAGAAUAUCAAAUUGUGCAGUCUACGAAAAUUUUCCACAACAUGAUUUUAACAAAAAUAAUUUUGCGGGAACGGCGGGUAUGACUGGACUACCUUUUGGUUACACAAAUGAUCCACAUUUUCCAGCAGGAUUUACAGCUUUCUUGGCACGUCGUCGACGCAAGGAUGGAAGACAACGUCGUCAACGCACAACUUUUAGCACAGAGCAGACGUUGCGUCUUGAGGUGGAAUUUCAUCGAAAUGAAUACAUUUCACGCAGCAGAAGAUUUGAAUUGGCCGAAACUUUACGUCUUACAGAAACACAAAUUAAAAUUUGGUUUCAGAAUAGACGCGCCAAGGAUAAACGCAUUGAGAAAGCACAAAUUGAUCAACAAUACAGAAAUUUUGUCGUGGCCAAUGGUUUUAUGACAACUUUAAUAGGGCAUGGAACUGGCUACCAUCAUAACCCAGCAAUGAUAACGAAUUUCCAUCAAAAUUUCUAUCAACAACAACAUCAGCAAAGAGCAGUGACAGGCACUCCGGCGCUGCAUACAGGACGCAUAAGUUCGCAGGAUAUCACUAACGCAAAUCAAACGAACAACAAUACUAUCACACAACCUCAAACCCCGUCUCUGACCAUAAAUAAUGAACGCACUGAUGUUAAUUAUUCUGACAUUAAUAGUUUUUACAAACAUGCGACGAAUGGCGCUGGCGCUGGUGGUGUGGGCAAUCUAAACUCGCUGAUAAAUUCGUGUUAGCAAUUAAUUUGAAUGAGGCGCUUUAUUACAUUUACUUUAUUGAGCUUUAAAUUAAAA